CUGGAAAUAAACAGCGUGGGUGUCACCUCCGAAGACAGCGCUCUGCGAAGCGCUCAGCUACAGCAGCUGAGCUUCAUCAGCCCGGCCGCCGGCAGAGGCUGAGAGAUGGCAGAAGGGGAAAUCACCACCUUCACUGCCCUGACCGAAAAAUUCAACCUUCCCUUGGGGAACUACAAGAAACCCAAACUCCUGUACUGCAGCAACGGCGGCCACUUCCUACGGAUCCUCCCAGAUGGCAAAGUGGAUGGGACCAGGGACCGAAGCGACCAGCACAUUCAACUUCAGCUGAGCGCGGAAAGCGUGGGAGAGGUGUAUAUAAAGAGCACCAAGUCUGGGCAGUACCUGGCCAUGGACACCAACGGGCUGCUCUACGGCUCGCAGUUACUGGGUGAGGAGUGCCUGUUCCUUGAAAGGAUCGAAGAAAACCAUUACAACACAUACGUCUCCAAAAAGCACGCAGAUAAGAACUGGUUUGUUGGUCUGAAGAAGAAUGGGAACAGCAAGCUGGGGCCGCGGACUCACUAUGGCCAGAAGGCGAUCCUCUUCCUCCCGCUACCCGUCUCGGCUGACUAAGCCCCGUCCUGGGAGCUCAGAGAUGACCCGAACCCCAAAACCCGACCUUCGCCUCCUCCUUUUCCCUCGCUCUCUCUCUUUUUGGCUAGUAUGACAGAGCCAAAUGUUAGAGCUCCAAGCUUUAGGUAAAGGCUUUACCAAAAAUACACAAAGCAGAGCUCCUCCACUGCACAAAGCUUUGCAGAGAUGAGGGGGAAAGCCCCGGCACCCUCCCAAGGUCCACCGGCACCCCUGCCUCCCCCUGCCGUCUGCUGGCAAUGCGGGGCCGGCUCAUGCCAUGACCACGCUGCAGCUCCCAGGGACACGCACAAACCUGCCCCGGGCAGGCACCCAGAAACAUGGCCAAAGGCACCCCAAGGACACCCCAGAUACCAGGGGAACGUGUGCUUUUAUUGUCCCCAGACAUUCUAAGGCAAAACCUCCCUGGAUACGCUGUGUUAACGUAUCUGAAUAUGCAGCUUCCAAUAUGCUCUUUUCAAGCAAUUUCAGAUUGCACCACCAGCCACAUUAUCGAGUGCCAGCCUGGAUAAAUGUGUGCAGAUAUCCUCAGCGUAUCGAGCUAAACUAGCAUCAGCCAAAAGCUCCAAGCCCUAGAUAGCUUAGCCUCCCUUACGACAUGAAUAUUGCUAUAUUCCAUGCUAGUACCUGCCAUAUGUUAUUUGUAUUUAUUUAUUAAGUAAACCUGUCUCUUCUACAAUUUGUUCAUAAGUAGUUCUAGGCACCAAAGCCCCUGACGUUGUCCCAGUGAGGAUGGGGCAGAGUGGGAGCAACUGAAGUCCAAUGUUGAGGGUGUGAUGGAGCAGCAGGCGUGGGGUGCAUGGCGGUGGCAGUGCAUCACACCCCGGUCCCAAGGGGCUUCCUCCUACACUGCCACCAUCUGGCUAAAUGGGGCUCUAAAAACGGCACUGGGGCCCCUUGGUGGCUCCCAGACUCUCCAUGAAGCUGGGUUUCUCCUCUCCUGACACGAAGCAGAUCGCCCAAGCAGCCCAAGACCUGUGCCUGCCAGGCAAGAGCAUCACGGGAGCACCACGCUGCCAUGCUCUACCCCGGCUUGUCUUUCCCCCUCCACCUCAGGCACCUGAAGAUGUCUACGGUGACCGGGCACAGGGGACAGGUCAGCCCAGGGGACAGGUCAGCCCAGGCACCCCUGGGGCAAAGCCUUGCUGAGCCAGCACUUUUCCAAUCCCUUCUUCCUGAGUGUCAAAUGCACUUUACCUGGCAGCGAGUAUCCUCAUCUGUA